AUGCUGUCAGUCUCUCAACUCACAGUCUACCAACGCACACUUCACGAUGUCUCUCCUACACUUUUACCUGAACAUAUAGCCCGUCUCAUAACAGCUGUUUCACUAGCCGCUCGGCUCUCCCUUCGAUGCUCAUCGCUUCUUAUUGAAGUUCUCCUAGAGUCAGCCAAAUACAGUACAUCAUUUUCAUUUGGGAUAUCUCGCCAGGCUCUGAUAACAGCCCUAUCAUCUGCCAAACGUCUUCAUGCGCUCGCUACGUCAGAAGCUAAGGACGAUGAUACUAAUGAAAGUGGUGGCUUUUUGCAAGUGUUGGACAAAUACACCAAUCUUGGGAUCUACAUUGUGCACCACACAUUUACACUGGCAGAGCUAUUUGCGAUGUCGGGUCUGCAAUUUACAUCACAGACGGUCAAGUCUGGUUUUAUGGCAGCCGAAGAGUCAGUACACAUGAUCGAUAGUAUUUUUGGAUCUAAUGAAACAUCCCGUGCGAUUGCAUCCAUCAUUACACUUGUACACCGUGAACUGAUGAACGAUCCUGACUUUGAGCUGGCCAAAGUUGGCAAGAUUGCGAUUCUCUCCGGGUUAACAAAAGCUAUGACUGCAUUUGCAGUUCUCCAAAGCGUCACUCAUCGAAGAACAAUGCAACAAGUGAAGAUCAGUGUACUCUGGAAGGGUGUAGUCGAAGAAGAAGAAGAGAACGAGCAGGCCCUCAUUCAAUUCAAGUCUUCUUCUGAAAAUCUUCCGGAUGAACACACGGAUAUCAUUGAUGAACUCGAAACAAUUCUCACGAACCAGCCACCUAUCAACGAUACAGAUGACAGCGAUGCCUUUGAAAUCACCACCACAACCCGUCGAACUACUACUCGUACAACAAAGAUAUCCCCUGUUGGUCACACUCAUGAUCCAAACAGAACAAAAUACAUUACAGUAAAGUCAGACGAAGAAGAACAAGAAGCAUUUGUCGCCUUUGUCGAUCGUAACUCUGGCUCUGCAAACGUACAACCUCAGAUCGAACCAGUUGAGACACUAAAGCACACCAUUUGCGACACCCCACAAGUGGAAGAUCUAGACAACGGAAAAGACAAAAGCAGUAAAGACCUUUGUAUUCCCUCUAAUCUAGAAUCCCAGCCAACUGUACCAAUAAGAGCCCUCAGACCUGCAAAGAGCUUUAGAAUUCUUUUGUCAGCAGUAUCCAAAAAAUUAACCCGCAAAAAGGUCGAGCGUCAAGAACAGACUGAGUACGAAGCAUUGCAAAAAUCGCUAUUGGCAAAGCAAGAGAAUGGUUCAUGGAAACAGCACGAUUCUGUUGAUACUACUCUCUCUUCAGGACCCAUAACAACAAUGACUUCUACUUCAACCUCGACCACCCUUUUUACCGCCGCCGCCGAGUAUAAUACAGAAUCAGGCACAACUAUAAGCGAAAUCAACAAUGCAACAAGUGAUGAUGAGACUGUCGAGAAAGAGUCCGAGCAUCGACUCAAGAGACGUAGCUCAUGGAGUAGACUCAAGCUGCGCGGAGAAGCUCAUCGCAAGAGCAUCAGUCAGAUGAUCCAAAAGGGUGCAGAUAUCCUUGGACAGAAGCCAAUGCAUGCAGCACCCCCACCUCUCCCUACCACAUCUCGAUCACUGGCUUCUGGACCCGACUUAAAUAUUUAUUCUUCCCCUUCUUCGUCAACCUCAUCUUACGGUGGUUCAAAUUCUGGAUCUAUCCUACCAAAUGUGCUAGCAAAGACAAGUCAUGAGCCUGGAUCUCGUUUAUCUGUCUCAAGUCGACCUGGUCUCACAAGAACCAGUUCAAUUGCCAGUAUUACAUCUCUAUCUAGUAUGUCUCAUACUAUGACAACUACCACCACAACUUAUACCAAUUCAUCCACACCUUCAUCUCCUCGUUCAAUAUGUGCUCCUUGUCCCAGUCGCAGUCAAAUUAACAGCCGCAAUCAGAACAACAAUCAGAACCAUGCUCCAGCUCAGCCUGAUCUCACUGUAGAAAUAAAUAACAACUUUCCCCGUAAUCAUAUCGUUCACAACAUUGCACAUUUCAUGCGGUACGCAAGUGCCGCUUAUGGCGAAUCAUUUAUGCGAAUCCUAGGAAUUGGAGAUAUUCCUCAAGUUUUGCCGACCUCUCAUCACCAUCACCCCAACCACCACGCUUUUGCCCACCACACAGGUUUAUCAGUUCAAGAUAUUCUGUUGUCUAGCUAUACAGACAUGACAUUCAUGUCAGUUAAACACCCACAGCUUCACGCCCUUGUACAUUAUGUCACAGUAGACCAUUCUGCAAAAGCUGUGGUGCUAACUUGUCGUGGUACUCUUGGCCUAAGUGAUGUAUUGACAGACUUGACGUGUGAUUAUGCAAACUUUACUCUACCAGCUGAUCAAAAUGAUCCUCCAAGAAAAUAUAUUGCUCACGGAGGAAUGCUCGAGGCUGCUCAGCUACUAGCCAAAAAGAAAGGUCGCGUCUUUCAAAAAGUAUGCGAAGGACUCUUGAUGUACCCAGAAUACGGUCUUGUAAUAUGUGGCCAUUCCCUUGGUGGCGGUGUUGCAAGUCUCUUAAGUGUCCUUUGGAGUCAGGAACAAGCCCAACCAAGUCGUCUGGCAGCAUUGUCAUCGAGCCGCCCUACAUUUGUUACAUCCUCCUUAUUUGGCUUACCACCAGGGCGCCCCAUCCAUUGUUAUGCAUACGGACCACCGUGUACUAUGUCCCAGGAGCUAAGUGAGUACUGUGGACAAGGAUUAGUUACCAGUGUCGUCCAUGGAUUUGAUAUUGUCAGUAGCCUGAGUCUGGGACUCUUGCGUGAUUUCAAGAAUGUGGCUGUAAGUUUGCAUGCUGAGAGUGGAGUUGCCGACGAUAUUCUCGGUCGAGUGAUGGGUCGGUAUAAUUCUCCACGCGAACAUAAGAAUGAUGACGAGGACGAGGACGACCAGUGGUUCUGGGCUCUUAUAAAGACAAUGCGGGCCGAUAUGCGCGCAGAAAAGCUCUAUCCACCUAGCACAGUUUAUCUAAUCGAGUCAGUACCUCAACUCCUGCAGAACACUGAGCAGCAAUCGACAACAUCAAAUAGCAAAUCGCAAAAAUGGAAGACAAAACGUGCUCAUAAUGUAGUUUUAAGUCGUUGUGAUGAUAUACAAGCUAGAUUUUCAGAAAUUGUAUUUUCUCGGUCUAUGUUCAUGGAUCAUUCUCCAUUUAUGUAUGAAAAGGCUAUCCUGCAGCUACGCAGAGGCUAUUUCGAAACCUAA